AUGGCUUUAACGUUAACGUCAACUUCGACGCACCUUCGUUUUCAACCCUUACUCUCGCGCACCAACUACUUCAUCUUCUCCGACCUUACCGAAUUUCGUUCUCUUGAAACACGGAAUCAUGAUUCUCUCACUCUUCUUCGCCGAAGAAAGAUCUCCAUUGCGUCACAAUCGGCUCUGAAGCCGGUGAAAUGUAGUAGAUCCACGGAGGAGAAGCAGUGGAGUGAGGCGGAAUCCGUCGCAUCUGACGCCGAUGAAGCUUUGGAUGAUUCGAAUGGUCCGGCUCUGAGGCAAACUUCUUCUAUUGAGCCUCAGAGGAUUGCAACUACCUCUUCAGGCGAUUCUCCUUCUCUCGGAAUUCGAGAACCUGUUUAUGAAGUUGUAGAAGUGAAAUCAGACGGGGCAGUAUCGACUAGAAAAAUCAACAGGAGACAAUUAUUGAAGUCCAGUGGCCUUCGUCCCCGGGAUGUCAGAAGUGUGGAUCCAUCACUGUUUUUGACAAAUUCAAUGCCUUCUUUGCUGGUCCGUGAGUAUGCCAUACUUCUAAACCUAGGUUCGCUACGAGCAAUAGCAAUGCAAGAUUGUGUGCUUAUAUUUGACUAUAAUCGUAAAGGUGGGCAAGCUUUUCUAGACACAUUGCUGCCUAGGUUGAACCCCAAGAACAACAAUGGAGGACCAUCAAUGCCAUUUGAAAUUGAGGUUGUCGAAGCAGCAUUGCUUUCAAGAAUACAACGUUUGGAGCGGAGACUGAUGGACUUAGAACCUCGUGUUCAAGCUCUUCUUGAGGCGUUGCCAAAUCGGAUAACUGGAGACAUAUUGGAGCAACUUCGUAUUAGCAAACAAACUUUGGUUGAGUUAGGCUCAAGGGCAGGAGCUCUCCGGCAGAUGCUUCUUGACCUUCUGGAGGACCCAAAUGAAAUACGACGGAUGUGUAUUAUGGGAAGAAACUGUACACUUAAUAAAGGAAACAAUAAUGUGGAAUGCUCAGUGCCCUUAGAAAAGCAGGUUGCUGAUGAGGAGGAGGAGGAAAUUGAAAUGCUUCUGGAAAAUUAUCUCCAAAGGUUAUUCUCAUUCUAA